AUGUCCUCCAUUUUCAACGUUGGGGAUGACCAGCUCUUUAACAAGGUCGUUAUUUUCUUCCAUGAAGAUGUCCAGCGCUUUCACAAGGUCGUCAUUUUCUUCCAUGAAGAUGUCCAGCACUUUGAUAAGGUCGUCAUUUUCUUCACUGGAGAAGGCCAGCGCUUUGACAAAGUUGUCAUUUUCUUCCUUGGAAAGGGCCACCGCUUUGACAAGGUCGUUAAUUUCAUCCAUGGAAAUGGCCAACGCUUUUACAAGCUCGUCAUCUUCAGCCUUGGGGAUGGCCAGCGCUUUUACAAGCUCGUCAUCUUCAGCCUUGGGGAUGUCCAGCGCUUUUACAAGCUCGUCAUCUUCAGCCUUGCAGAUAUCCAGCGCUUUUACAAGUUCGUCAUCUUCAGCCUUGCAGAUAUCCAGCGCUUUUACAAGUUCGUCAUCUUCAGCCUUGCAGAUAUUCAGCGCUUUUACAAGUUCGUCAUCUUCAGCCUUGCAGAUAUCCAGCGCUUUUACAAGUUCGUCAUCUUCAGCCUUGCAGAUAUCCAGCGCUUUUACAAGCUCGUCAUCUUCAGCCUUGCAGAUAUCCAGCGCUUUUACAAGCUCGUCAUCUUCAGCCUUGCAGAUAUCCAGCGCUUUUACAAGCUCGUCAUCUUCAGCCUUGCAGAUAUCCAGCGCUUUUACAAGCUCGUCAUCAUCAGCCUUGCAGAUAUCCAGCGCUUUUACAAGUUCGUCAUCAUCAGCCUUGGGGAUGGCCAACGCUUUUACAAGCUCGUUAUCUUCAGCCUUGCAGAUAUCCAGCGCUUUUACAAGUUCGUCAUCAUCAGCCUUGGGGAUGGCCAACGCUUUUACAAGUUCGUUAUCUUCAGCCUUGCAGAUAUCCAGCGCUUUUACAAGGUCGUCAUCUUCAGCCUUGCAGAUAUCCAGCGCUUUUACAAGUUCGUCAUCAUCAGCCUUGGGGAUGGCCAACGCUUUUACAAGUUCGUUAUCUUCAGCCUUGCAGAUAUCCAGCGCUUGUACAAGUUCGUCAUCUUCAGCCUUGCAGAUAUCCAGCGCUUUUACAAGGUCGUCAUCUUCAGCCUUGCAGAUAUCCAGCGCUUUUACAAGGUCGUCAUCUUCAGCCUUGCAGAUAUCCAGCGCUUGUACAAGGUCGUCAUCUUCAGCCUUGCAGAUAUCCAGCGCUUGUACAAGGUCGUCAUCUUCAGCCUUGGGGAUGGCCAACGCUUUUACAAAUUCGUCAUCUUCAGCCUUGCAGAUGUCCAGCGCUUUUACGAGUUCGUCAUCAUCAGCCUUGCAGAUGUCCAGCGCUUGUUCAAGGUCGUCAUCUUCAGCCUUGCAGAUGUCCAGCGCUUGUACAAGGUCGUCAUCUUCAGCCUUGGGGAUGGCCAGCGCUUUUACAAGGUCGUCAUCAUCACCCUUGCAGAUGGCCAGCGCUUUUACAAGGUCGUCAUCUUCAGCCUUGAAGAUGGCCAGCGCUUUUACAAGUUCGUCAUUCUUUUCCAUGAAGAUGUUCAGCGUUUUGACAAGGUCGUUAAUUUCAUCCAUGGAGAUGGCCAACGCCUUAACAAAGUCGUCAUUUUCUUUCUUGGACAUGGCCAGCGCUUUGAAAAGGUUGUUAUUUUCUUCCAUGAAGAUGUCCAGCGCUUUUACAAGGUCGUUAUUUUUAUCCCUGGAAAUGGCCAGCGCUUUGACUAAGUCGUCAUUUUCUUCCUUGAACAUGUCCAGCGCUUUUACAAUGUCGUUAUUUUCAUCCUUGGAAAUGUCCAGCGCUCUGACAAGAUCGUUAUUUUCAGCCUUGGAUAUGGCCAGCGCCUUGACAAUGUCGUUAUUUUCAUCCUUGGAAAUGUCCAGCGCUCUGACAAGAUCGUUAUUUUCAGCCUUGGAUAUGGCCAGCGCCUUGACAAUGUCGUUAUUUUCAUCCUUGGAAAUGUCCAGCGCUCUGACAAGAUCGUUAUUUUCAGCCUUGGAUAUGGCCAGCGCCUUGACAAUGUCGUUAUUUUCAUCCUUGGAAAUG